CGGCGGUUGACUUUCGAGCGGACGAGUUUGAGUUGGAGUUUUCCGGUCUCUGAUUUUUUACUCCGUAGUGCAGCUUGGUGCUCGGUGGAAAAGUGUAAAGUGCCAAACCAUAAGCUGAGCUAGAAACGAAAACCGUUCUGUCCUAAUCGGCCCAGUAAAACUGGACCUUGAAAGAGUGAUUUUAUAGAGUGGGUGCGAUAUUGGAGUUUUAGUUGGUUAGAAAGUUUGAUUGUUAAGUCGACAGCUGAAGGCAACACUGAACGAUGAGCAACAAUGGCCCAGGGGUUACCAACCCUAUGCUGUACGAUCCCCCGGAGGGUCAAGCAUCCAACAGUAAGCUGAUGCAGUUCGUAGCCGGAGUGGGAGUUUCAAUAGCGGCCAUCAGUGCGGGCACUGCUCUCGGGUGGACCUCUCCAGUGCUACCGCAGUUAGCAUUAAGCAACACUACCGCAGGCGGCGAUGGCAACGACACCUCUACCGAUUCGGGCUUUUAUCUAACAUCGGAUCAAGGAUCAUGGGUUGGUUCCUUUCUGGCGGUGGGUGCCUUCUUCGGAGCUUUGCCAACCGGUUUCCUGGCGGAGAAAAUUGGCCGCAAGUAUACUACGAUGUCACUAGCUUUACCAUAUCUGGCCAGUUGGGCACUCAUAAUUUUUGCCAGCAGUGCAGAAAUGUUGUACGCCGGAAGGUUCCUCAUUGGUAUUGCAACCGGAGCCAGCUGCGUGGUUGCUCCGAUGUUCAUCUCGGAGAUCGCCGAAACGUCUAUCCGCGGAGCUUUGGGAGCCUUCUUUCAGCUGUUUCUCACCGUUGGCAUCCUGUUUGUGUACGCUAUCGGUCCGUAUGUGUCAUGGACUACGUUGAGCGUUCUCUGCGCCAUCUUCCCAGUGCUAUUGAUUGUUGCAAUGCUUAUCGUACCGGAGAGUCCCACAUAUCUUGUGAAACAAGGUCGGCGUAGCGAUGCCGCCGUUGCACUCAAGUGGUUCUGGGGACCGAAUUGCAAUACUCAAAAUGCGGUGGAAGCAAUACAGUCCGAUCUGGAUGCAGUGAAGGGCGAAGCAAAAGUGUCCGACUUAUUCACCAAGGUCACUAAUAGAAAUGCGCUGUUCAUCGCUUUGUUGUUGAUGUUCUUCCAACAGUUUUCCGGUAUUAAUGCGGUCAUUUUCUACACCGUACCGAUCUUCCAGUCAGCCGGUAGUACGAUGGAUCCAGCAAUUUGUGGCAUUGUCGUUGGAGUCGUUCAGGUGUUGAUGACCUUUGUCUCUUCUGUCCUGAUUGACAAAGCUGGUCGACGAAUUUUACUGCUGCAGAGCAGCUUUAUUAUGGGAUCUUGCUUGAUUGUUCUUGGAGUGUACUUCAAGUUGCAAAAUGACAAGGCGGAUGUAUCCGGAAUCGGAUGGCUUCCGUUAGCUUCGGUUGUACUGUUCAUUGUUAGUUUUUCGCUCGGAUUCGGCCCUAUCCCGUGGAUGAUGAUGGGUGAACUGUGUGCUCCGGAUGUGAAAGGACUUGCUUCGGCACUGACCGUGAUGUUUAACUGGUCUCUGGUCUUUUUGGUAACUAAGACUUUCGGCACGAUGCAGGAGUAUUUAGGUUCCGAUUGGACGUUCUGGUUCUUCGGCUUUUGGAUGCUUAUUUGCACGUUGUACGUAUUCAUCAAGGUGCCCGAAACAAAGGGUAAAACCAACGCCGAGAUUCAAGCCAUCCUAAGUGGCAAGAACUAAAGCACGAAAUGCAGAGCAGAGACUGGUAACUGAAAACAAAAAAACAACCGAUAGGGAUUUUCAAUGUGAGCGCGCUUUAUUUGUAAUGUUAGUUUUUAGUUUAUGAAUUUUAAAAACAGAUUGUGUAUAUAUUUAAAUUUUACGUUCGUAAGUGGAAAAUCAUAUCGGAAGCUGUUUGCUGCGGCUUCCAGAGCGGAGGAUAACAAUCGCAAAAUUUAUUUAUUGUUUUUAAUGUUUCAUUGUCAUUUGACACUUGUCAAUUUUAAGGCCAAACACAAUAUUUGUGCUUGUUUUGUGUCUUUAGUGUUAUGUGCAUGCAAUGACCAUAAGGUCAGUGAAGUAUUUUCGCAAAUACUUCUGAAAGCAAAAGCGAAUAAUCCUGUACAACUAAUCAGUCCAGUUGAAAAGCAAAAUUAUUUUUAAUAGUUAUGUUUAGAGUUUACAAGUUUAGGCAGAUGCAAAAUAAUUUAAAUCAUAUGCAAGUAAUAGUAAACUGGUAACUAGCUUAAUGGGAAAUAGUACAAUUAUGUAAGAAAGUCCACAAAAAACAGGGCAGCUUGCUUCUAAGUUGGUAUGAUGGAUAAAUCCAGAGAUUUGGUCAUAUCAAAAAUAGCACAGAUACACAGCCAUAGUAAUAAAAUAAAAACAAUCAUUUUGUCUCUACUCAAGAAAUAAAAAAUACCUCCAAAACGAAAUUCGAGAUUUAGGUUCCGAAUUUUGCCUCCUGUUUAGCAGAUUGCAACGGUUUUCAACUACCUAGAAACAUAAAAUUGUUCACGUGCCAUAUCACAUCGAGGCAAUACGGCUGCAGUUUUCUACAGAAGAAAAUAUUCGGACCAACCAUCCAUUACAGUAGUUUUAUUUUAUUCAUUACCGAAAAGGGGAAGAGUGUUUGUAACAAUUAAUUCCUAAAAUGCUGAAGAAUGACAUCAGGAGUGACAGUUCCGGCUGCAAUUAGUAAUUCGAUUGGCAUUGGAUAAGUAAGGACGGCUCAAGCUUGUUACGGUUGAGUAUAUAACUACGUAGAAGAAUACAACCUGCGCCUUUCGAGUGUGGAAUUAUAUGGCGCUAAAAAUGCUUCGAUAACGAAAAUGGAAGUGAAUGUAUUUACAAAUAUUUACAGCAAUAUAUAUGCAUUAAAUAUCUCAAUGUUAUUGAAGGUAAGAAUCGCCUUAAGGUGCAAUUAUUGGCUAGUAUAUCUGUUAAUUAAUCACUGUUUUAACGCCAAUAGAAUGUCGAUUCGAAAUUUGGGGAGACUUAGUCAAAAUAUGAAUUAUGAAUCCAUGAAACGAGCAUUGAAAAAAACCGAGAGCCAAGCAAGAGGAUUUCAGUAAAAGAGAAAAUCAUUGUUAUUUAGGUUGUUAUUGGAUAUACACUACACACAUACAUUAUUGCAGACCUAUACCCGCCAUACUAUGUACAGUAAGAUAUUUGCAUGCCAGUUGACCGUGGAAAAUGAAAUGGAAAACAUUGACUUGAAAUAAAUGAAUUUG